AUGGCAGAGUCUAGAACUAGAAGUCAGGCUCUGUUGAAGGGGCUGACUGGACAGACUGCCACCAGGAUGGCUGAGUCUGUGUUGGAUGGAGAGGAGGAUAGUGUAAUGGAGGAGCGCUUUCGGGAAAUGUGUUUGCCGCCAAAGAAGAAAGGUUUGGACCAGAAUCGCGGUGGGGAGUAUGCAUCGUUUCAAGAACUCAUCGAGAGGUUCAUCUCAGCGCUCAGGACCUGCGAGGUCCAGCCGUUCGUGGUUCUGGACGGAGGUUCAGACCCCACAGACAGGAAGCUGGAAACGGUGACGAAGACAGCUCAGAAUUUAAUCCAGAGAGCCUACCAGGCAGCGGAGACCGGUAAGAGCAAGCGAAUCCUCCCACAGAUGGCCAAGAAGGUCUUCAAACAGACUCUGGCCCGACUGCAGGUUCCGGUGGCCCAGUGCUUCGGGGAGGCCGACCAGGAGCUAGCUGCCCUCGCUGCUGAAUGGAACUGCCCUGUGCUUUCCAACGACGGGGACUUCUUCAUCUUUGACCUCCCUGCAGGGUUUCUGCCCAUCACUCACUUCCGCUGGUGGGAGGUGAAGGGCGGCCCGCGGAGCUACAUCCCCUGUAAGAGCUACAGAACCUCCAGCUUCUGCAUCGUCUUCCAGAUCGAGCCCCAGCUCCUGCCCACCUUCGCCGCUUUGGCCGGUAACGACUACGUGAAGCUGAAGACGGUCAGCUGGACUCAGUUUGCCCCGGGUAGAAGCAAGGCCCCGAGUCGCCUGGAGGGGCUGCUCUGCUGGCUGAGGGACUUCCAGAAGUCUGAGGACGCCGUGGCGGCGGCGCUGGGGCUGAUGGGAGAUCUGGACACGAAGAGGAGAGAAGAGAUCCAGAAAGGACUGUCUGAGGGGAUGAAGGAGUACAAACGUCGUCAGAGUUGCCUAAAACAGUUCUUCGACCACGGGGUGCCUCCCCCGUUCCAGGGAUCUGGUCUUGUUCCAGACUGGGCCCGUCUGGCUCUGGUUCAGACCCGGCUGACCUCGGACAUCCUGGACGUGCUGCAGCUGCAGAGGAUUUCACUGGGCUUCGCCGUGGAGCCCCGGGACCGCCCCAGCGUGUAUGUGAUCUCCAGGCCGAUCCGGCAGGUGAUGUACGGGCUGCUGUUGGGCGGAGAGGCGUCGCUGCAGGUGAUGGAGCGAGACCGGGACGGUUCCCACCUGAUAUACGUGCCGGUCCGACCAGCCUUCAGUGAAACUAGCAAGAGACUCAGACUCAGCUCGCUGCACGAGGCGGAGCCCUCUGAGCGUCUGCUGGUCCUACUGGAAGCUCUGGGUGUCACAGAGGACUCUCUGAGCCUCUUUCCCGAUGAGCUGAAGCUCCCGGUGGCCGUCACCUGCUUCUGGCUGCAGACGGCUCAGCCUCCUCCAGACCAGACCCUGCUGAAGGCGCUGCUGCUGGGAAUGAGCAUGGGAGUCGUAACCGGACCCAAAACGGGAAAUCACCGCGGUGCAAAGAAGCCGGACGUGGGCGUGGUCUACGCCUUCAACCAAUGGCAGGCCUGCCUGAAGGACAGCGUCCACCUCAACCAGCUGCUGGGCUUCCCUCUGCCGGAGCCGGAGAUCGCACGGUUGUAUCAGGGAACGAUGGUCCACCAGCUGGUGGACAGGAUGAGGAGCGGAGGGAGGCUGAAGGGCUUCCUGAUGAACGACAGGACCAGCGUGGAUCAGUACCACAGGAUGCUAUCUGUGGUCCAGUUACACGUGGCGGCCCGACAGAACCAGCAGAGAGAGGCGGCCCGGGAGAACCAGUCGGUGCUGCCACCGGACCUCGGCGCCGACCUGGAGAAGCUGUUCCUGCAGGACGGCCAUGAAGAGGCUGAAACCGAAGCGAAGAGUGCGAUCAAAGUGGAAGAGGAGCUGCGACUGGUGGACCGGCUGUCGGUCAGAACGCGAUACAGAACCAAGGGGAGACGGAACCGGUGCAACAAACCAGAACUGGCUCGGAAGGAGGACCGUCGGGGAACGGACCUCCUCUGA